UUCCCCGUGAAAAAGCGAGGCCAGCGCGUAGCCCUCGGGGUGUGUCUGUGUUGAGAGGGGGAGCGCGGUGCCUCCCGCUUUGGUCAGCGCUUACGCGUGUCCUGGGGCACGGCGCUGCGCUUUGUGAAGAUGGCGGUACUUUCACUUUGUUGUUGUAAGAACAAGCCGAAGCAGGAGCCGAGCCGGGCACGCAGCUCUCGGCGGGGCGGCGCCGGAUGCUGCAUCGGCUUCCGCGGACGGGGAAGAUGGGCGAGCGGCGCAUCCUGAGAGCGGCCGUGCUGGGGCUCGUGCUCGGCGCCAGCGCCUGUUACUGCUACCGCCUCUGGAGGCGGGCGGCGGGCCGAGGGCGGCGGCGGCGGGGAGCGCCCUGCGUCCCGCCCUCAGUGAUGGAAGAAAUUCCUCCAUCAUCCCAAAGCAUGGACGCAGACGCUCUACAGAAGCUUAUUCAUUUGCUUAAGGCCACAGAUGAUCCAUUAAUUCAGGAGCAAGCUUUAAUCACUCUCAGUAACAGUGCUGCCUUCUCUGUAAAUCAAGAUAUAAUUCGAAAUUUGGAUGGCCUUUCUGUAAUUGGAGGGAUGCUCCUGGAUUCUGUUCCCACAGUUAAAGAAAAAGCAUUAAAUGCACUUAAUAAUUUGAGUAUGAAUAUUAAAAAUCAGGAAGAGAUACAGGUAUAUAUUAUGGAAGUUUGUAAGAACAUUGAAUCAGCUCCUCUGAACUCUGAUCUGCAGCUAGCUGGACUCCGAUUGUUGACGAAUAUGUCUGUUACCAAUGACUAUCACUAUAAGAUGAUAAACAAGAUUCCAUGCUUUCUUCAUUUGCUUUCAGAAGGAUCUGAAAGGACACAGAUACAAGUUUUGAAAGUCCUUGUGAACUUGUCUGCAAACCCAAUCACAACAAGAAAUUUUCUCAAAGCUCAAGUGCCAUCACUGUUGUUACUCUUUGACAACUGUAUAAACACAGAUAUUCUGCUCAGAGCCCUGGUAUUUGCAGCAAAUUUGAAAAAGAACAUGAACAAUGAAGAUGGCAGCAUGAGAGAGGAUGAAUACAGUGAAGACUCAGUUUUCUCUAUACUCUGCAAGGAUUCUACUGCAUUUGCUCAGAAGCUGGCAUCUUUACUGCAUCACCCUGACACAGAUGUGAAAGAGCAAGUUGUGAGACUGUUAACACAAUAGUGAUUUACUAGUGACUGAAAAAAUAUCUAAUCUUAAGAUUAGAUAUUAAAAAAUGUUGAAUAUUGCUAUAAUACUUAGCACAAAUCAAUUACAAGAGACUCUAUAUUAAACACACUGUAGAGUAUAACAGAUUUUUUGUAAAAAGCAAGAUAAGAAACAGGUUACUUAGCACUGGUAUAUGUAAACAGAGGGAGGCACAUUUUAAAACAUGAAAGCUUUUAUGUGUACAGUGAACAUUUUAAAUUUAUGAAUAAAGUCUAUCUAGAUAUUCUUAAGGUCAGAAUUUUUGUGCCUUAGAUAUUUACAGCUGUUGAAUAAGCAUCUAAUGCAUCAUUAUGUAAAGAUGCAGCAAUCAGAGCCUAGUUUCCAUUUUAUUACUCUGAUACCUGUUAAACAGCUGCAGGCAAAUAUUAGAAAAUCUGAAAAACAGUGCCAAACUAUCACUGACUUCCUGCAGAAACAGUAUUUUCAAUGAAAAGUGCAUAUUAAAAUUUGUAGUUAUAUGUUUAGUACAUCUAUUCCGUUUAGUUAAACUACAGUGCAGUCAACCACGACAUGAAACGUUUCUAUACUUUAACAAAAUCAAAGGAUUUAAAUGAAAGCAUACAUACUUUUCAAAUUAUAUUACUGCCAAAGAAUCUGCAAAUGCAACUCUGUAUUAUCUUUGUUAACAGAAGCCAGAAAGAGCAGUAUCACACACAUUUUUAUAAAAGCUUCCUGUUCUGUAGCAGCCCUCAAGCCUGGAUGGAGGGGGUCUAUGAGAGCUCAUGGAGAGUUCUGUUCCUGGAACGUUAUCAGAACAAGAGCUUCUGUUGAGUUAGCUCCCAUACAUUUUCAAUCAUCACUGCAGCAUUAAUUCAAAGUUAAAUGGAAUUAUCAAAACAUUGCAAAGGAAACUGAAGGAAGUUUCACUGAUGAACAAAGAACAUGUAGUAGAAAAUUCUGUACACUAAAACAAAACUACUAAAACUUCCAGAAUACCACAUUAUAAAGACACCUUGUACUAGUUUUUUUAAGAGAAGUGUGUUACCUAAACUGUUACCAGAUGUUUCAUCUUUAAGUUAAUACAUACACUCAGCUGUUAAUAAAAUACUAUCUUUUUCUUUCUGUAUAUUCACUAGAUAUUUUACUUAUUUUCAGUAGACAACACUUUCCAAAUAGAUAAAGCUGCAAGAAAAAUAUGGCCUUAUCUGUGCCCUGAUCAAUGAACAGGUAAAGCCAAUUAAUCUAUACAAGUAGUUUUAACUCAAUAGGAAUUGAGUUAAGGCAGAAGUACACAUUAACAUGAAUCCCAAAUAGAACUCUGUCCAUCACUUAUAGUGAACUUUUCUUUCUCCCUCCAUGGUCUCCAAACCAGUC